CCGUUGCAGGUGUCAUAACACCUGGCUCGCUUUAUUCUCAGGACAUUACCGGUUUCAACAUCAUCUUGUGCAGAAAUUAUGAAUAACUAAACCGUCGCAUCGAUCGUUUGUAUCAGCGUACAAUGUUUUACUUUGAAGAGUAUAAAAGUUGAUUUACAUUAGGACGUGACAUUGCCAGUCGCCACCAUGACUGCUAGCUGAUUAGCUUCCUGGGUUAAAAGUGUCUGGUUGAUCUACAGAUUCAUUGAUUAUGUGAGAGAGACUAGCUAGUCUAACGGACUAGGCAAUGGUUAUUACUUUACUGAAUUAACUUUCAUAUUUGAAACACUUGCUUUUACGUCAUUUGUAACGUGCUAGGGAUACUACAGUGUAGUACAGGGUUGAUUUGACUUCUCCUCAUUAGCUCCUCACAAGUUACAUGUGAGUUUUCUAGCCCAAUGGCAGUAAUGUGGUCUCGACUUUCGUGCAUCGGUUUUGGUAGAGGGAAAAGGAGCAUCAGCCUUUUCUCCAACACGUCUCCUUCGAACUGGACUAAAGUGGUCUCAGAUGCGGAGAAAAUUGUUGGAUAUCCGACUUCAUUUAUGAGCCUUCGCUGCUUACUCAGUGAUGAACUUAGUAAUGUCGCAAUGCACGUCAGAAAACUUGUUGGGACAAAACAUCCACUUCUCAACACUGCAAGGGGCUUUGUGUACGACAGCAAGAACAACCUGCAGAUGCGAGGGCUGGUGGUGCUCCUCAUGUCCAAGACGGCCGGCCCCAGCCACAGCGUCCCCGACCCCCAGCUCCCGGACAUGGUCAGCGGCAUCUACCCUAGUCAGAGGAACCUUGCUGAGAUAACAGAGCUCAUUCACACGGCCUUCUUGGUGCAUCGUGGAAUCGUCAACCUCAAGGACUGGACCAAUGCUGACGGACCUCUCAAGGACAUGCAGUUCGGAAACAAGAUGGCAGUCUUAAGUGGGGACUUCCUUUUGGCUAAUGCUUGCACUGGCCUGGCGCAACUGAACAACACCAAGGUUGUGGAGCUGAUCUCCAGUGCCAUUGGUGACCUGGUUCAGGGCAUCUACUACGAGGGCUCCCACUCUGCUGAGGAGUCCAGUGCUGCUGAUGUCUCUAUGCCCACGUGGGAGAACCAGACGUUCCUAUCCCACGGUGCUUUGCUGGCGAAGAGUUGCCAGGCAGCCAUGGAGUUGGCGAAACACGAUGUGGAUGCCCAGAUGCUGGCCUACCAGUACGGCAAGCACCUGUCCCUUGGCCACAAGCUGAACUCUGACCUGCAGCCGUUUGUGAAGAGUGGUGCAGCGGAGCCCCUGCCCUUCAGCCUGGACCUUGCUCCGGUAGUCUUCCACCGGCAGAUCGUGGGGCAGGAGAAAUGGCUCCAGCAGCUGCAACAGGCAAGAAGCUUCGGAAGACCUAUUAAUUUUUCUAAGCUGUGGUUAACAAUUAAAUCAGACAAAGGAGUGAGCAAAGCCAUGGACCUAUGCAGUUACCACGGAAACAAAGCUUUGGAGGCCAUCAAGCGCUUCCCUCCAUCAGAGGCGCGAUCUGCUCUAGAGAACAUUGCCUCUGCUGUGACCAAGGUCUGACCAACUCCAGUUCUACUGUAGUGUGAUGAAGAACAUUACCUCAGCUGUCACAACAUCUAUGCCACAACACUCAUCAAUGACUUUAUAUGAGCAAGUGUCCGUUAAACAGAUGGACUUGGAACCAGGUGUGUCUUGAGCAGACGUAUUGGCGUAUUCAGUGCAAUUCCAUGCAGAUGGGUCUGAGGUGCAGGAUAGAGUGAGCCACUCAGAAGGAGUGCUGUUGGAACGAUCAUGCGGUGUGCACAGCCUCUUUCAUGGAAACUGAUUGAAGCAAAUGGAUUUGCUUUCUUAUGAUUGUAUGACCAUCUGUGUAUUCUAAAUGUCAAAUUAAAAAGUUAGCAUUUCCGUUAUAAAUGAUCUAUAAAAUGGUUUAAAUUAUAAUUACUUGCUUUUGGU